AUGAGGUACUCCUUGAUCUCUGCCGGCGAAAGAAUCUCGAGCUACGUCUCCCACAGCCUGGCCGUCACCAUGCUCACAUAUCUUGGACUCCACGCUCUAGAAAAUGGGCCCUCGUACAGACCAACACUUUGCUCCGAGUAUCGACGUCGACUUGUCGCCCAGAUCUUCACCACGGACAAGUUUGGCGUUUCCUUUGCUGGUCGGCCGCCCUCCUUGACUGGUACCUUUUGUUCCACUCCGAUGCCCCUUGACAUCAGUGAUGAAGACCUUGGUUCUGAUGAUACCACUCUGAUGCAAGCAUUCAACUUGCUGGAUGACCAUGGCUGGAAUACGGUUGGUGAGAUAUAUCCGACCACCAUGAUUCGAGCGCGACACAUGAUCGCUGUCAUACGCGACGAGUUGAUCGAUAUCGCCUUGUGUAAUAGAAGACCUGUGGAUAUAAACCAACUCCAAGACAUCAAGACUCGACAGAUGAUAUCAAUGUCUACCUUUCCAGAAUGGGUCAAGUACAACCCGGACGACCUCAUUAACCCGGAAGUUGAUGCGAAGACCUUGUACUUCAGAAUCACACUCCAGCUCGAUUACUUGAAGAAUCUCUUCUUUGUGGAACGAUUGCUUCAUCGACACGGCCAAUCUGACAAGAGGGAUCUGGUACUUGCGAGCUUCGACCUCGUCAAACUAACAGUCGAACUCUGGAACCGUCAGAGCUCUUUGGACAGCCCCGUCAUACUACGCGAAUUCGAAUGGCAGCUCCUGGAGUACGGGGCACCUGGUGGAGGCAUCCUCUGUCAAGAGCUUCUCCAACCAACUCCCACGGGAUCUGAUCCUCGCUACGCUGCACUGACGAGGUCGGCUAUCGUGCAGCAGCUGAGCUUGCUGGUGGGAUUCUUGGAUUGGGUCCCCCCUUCUGCUCCUGCUGGGGAAUCGUGCGCCAACUUUAAGCACCUCAUCCAGCGCGUACUGGACCAUCAUUUGAAUGAGCCUGUCGAGCUGGAGGCAAGGGGAAACUUGGAGACAUUGGGCUGGGGAUCAUUGCUGCCGCCUCCCUUUCGCUUUGGGUUGUUGAAUAGUUUUGAUUGGCUUGGUCCUAGUGUUUGA